AUGGCAGAAUAUGUUCAUCAAAAUCUGGAGGGCAUGUUGCCUGAACUGGAGGAAUUGGAGCGGAUGGGAGUGUUUUCAAGCGAUGAAAUCAGGACUAUCAUUCGAAAGAGAAGAGAGUUUGAAUACCGCUUGCAGAAGAGGAUUGUCCAGAAGACAGAUUUUCUAAGAUACAUGCAGUAUGAGAUUAACCUGGAUUUGCUGAAGAAGAAAAGAAAGUUGAGACUUGGUAUUAAACGGAAUUUACAUGGAGAGCAUGCGGUAUUGAGAAGAAUGCACAGUCUUUUUCAGAAUGCCUUGAAGAAAUUUUUGGGGGACAUCAAACUCUGGAUUCAGUACAUUGAGUUCUGUAAACACAUGGGGAGUGUAAGGAUUCUUGGAAAAGUUUUUGCCAGAGUUUUGCAGUAUCAUCCAAACAAACCAAACCUCUGGAUUAUGGCAGCAAAAUGGGAGUUUGAAGAAAACAAGAACAUUCCUAACAGUAGAUCGUUAUUACAGAAAGGACUGAGGGUUAAUCCUUCUUCACAGAAGCUUUGGUUGGAGUAUUUCAGAAUGGAACUCCUUCAUGUUGAAAAAAUUCAUAAUAGAAGGAAAAUUCUUGGAUUGAGUGCAACAGAUGAGGAACAGGUAUGUACCAUUGCUAUCCAUCUCAUAGACAGCAGUCUGCCGACCGGCUGA